AAUGUCUUCCAAUAUUUUAUUCAAGGGAGUACACCACUCGGAAUAUAAUCCGGAACUAUGAUGUCACUUCCUUUUCGUGUCACGGCCUUUUGCCAUACCAAAAUUAGGAAUAGCGCCCGCUGGCAGAAAAGGAAAAAAUCAAAAGAAAAUCACUUGUCACUCCUGCCAAGAGGGCAGUCGAUAGAAAUCCAUGUCAGGACAAUUUUUGUCGAUGAUUUUAGCAUUGCUCGAAGCACGUGAAGCACGUGAGUAACAUUAACACAUGCAUGUCAUGACCAUAUUUGCCCACAAAACGUUUCCAGAAGAGCAUCUUCGCGGUAUGCUUCAGUUCUGUCCUCGCAGGUUUUGACCUUUGCUCGUCGCCGAAAAAAAGUAUCAUACAUUUCCUGUGGGGAAAAUUCUUUGCUGUUUUCUCUGUAAGUGGAUUCUUUGUCGACCUUGCCGCUGGAGUAGGUGUAGGUUACAUGUAAAUUUACUUUGGCCUUGCCGGAAAGGUUAAUCGCAUUUCAUUUACGAAUACCGUGGGUCUAAAAUCCAGUUAAUUUCAAGUAGCAGGGGUGCAGGGGACAUCAAAUGUAUGAGCAGUAAGUAAAAUGUUAAACACGACCUUAACUCCGCUUAAUCUCACCGCUACACUAGACGAGAAUUGGCCGGUGUACUUCAAUCUUAAAUUCCUAAAUAUCCUUGUUGGUGUAUCGAUACAGCAAAACAGAUGUCUGUUUUUGUGGUAAAGGAAUGCUAAAUGCGACUAGAUUUCAUCAUUUGCCGGGCAAAUGAAUGGAACUUAACCGAAUGUUACUAAAUUCGGUGCCGGCGUUGUAAUGACAUAAAUUUACCGCGUAAACCUGAAGUUUCACACAAAAACACGUGGAAAAUAAGUCGGUAGAACGAGGGGUCUACACCAGUGAAAAAUGUAUUUGUAUUGUUCAGUAUUGUUUGUAAUAUUCGUGUUAGUUUGUCACAAAUCUUGGGCAAUGUUACGACCAAGGUUACUGAAGGUCAGUUGGGCAUUUGCCCGGAAAUCCAGUGAGGUAUUUGUGAAGUUUAAUUUACUGGUUGCUUGUACCUGUAACACUAUUUAACGCUUACCUAGCAUUGCGAAUUGUCCGGCAAUUUUUUUCGUAAGAUCUCCUUAGUUGUUUGGUUAAAAACGGCGUUAUAUUGUUUUCAGGCUAGAAUCACGGGUUUGGAAAUAUAAUACACUGUGGUGAUUCAGUCAAGAAUUUUGAGAAUCGUGUCCAAGUUGCAAAGACUUGUUAGGAAAUUGUCCUUCUUAUGGGAGAGAGAGAGAGAGGGUGACCCUGCAUUUUGCGUUUGUCAGUUUUAAAAGUUUGCUGUUGUUUUCCAAAAAGCCUAAACUCGUCACCUAUUUUUAAGUGUUGAAUGUUUUUUUCACAGUUUCCUGUGCUUGCUUUUGCAGGAUUUAGGGACAGAGUCAUAAGGAACAGUUCACCGGACAAACAACGCGUCGAUUUUUCAUUCCAAAAUGAAUCUUUACUCAAAAUACUUGGAAUCUGCUCCGUCAUUUCUUUAUGGCCUGUUGUGCUUCUUUGCCUUUGUUCUGUGGACGUUGUUUGCUAUCCUGACACUUCCACUCUGGUUCCUGUUCAGAAUUUUCAAGUGGUUCCAAGGGAUUUGCAUUUCAUACUACAGACUAGGGAGGCUGCUGGCGAGUUGGGACGUACCGUUUCUGCACGAGACAGAAUACAACCGUAACUUUAUCAACGGUCUAUUCGUGGUGGAUGGCUCUAUAGGUCUGCCAGAGCUCCGUGAGCUGCUCAUGGCCCGUGUGGUACAGAAUGUCGAGGAACCUAGCUAUGCACGCAUGCGCAAACUCAUAGUUCAAACUUACUGGCGCUACGUUUGGCAAGACGAGCCAGAUUUUCAUAUCAACAAGCACGUGUACCUAUUCGAAGGCCCUUCUCCAUGUAACGAACUAGAAUUGCAGAGAAUGCUUAGUGAGCAGUUUUCCUCACCGAUGCGUGACAACAUUUCCCCGUGGGAGAUUCUGGUGGUGCCUUUGGACAUGCCGGGCAAGGAUCAGACCGCCAUUUGUAUGAGGAUGCAUCAUGCUUUAGGAGACGGAUUCGCCUUAAUUGGUCUGUUUUCCAGGCUCAUGGAUAAGAAGCCAGAGCUACUGCGUGUCAAAAAACCCGUGGCCACCCCUUGUGACAAACAAAAACAGGUGUGGAAAGCCAUUCUAACAGGCCCAUUGGCCCUUUUAAGCGUGGCACUAUCCAAAGCAGACAACCCUUUUCCCGCUAAGAAGAUGUCUGGAGAAAAGUGCGUUAGUUGGACUAAAGCAAUCAACCUUGAACUUAUUAAAGAAAUCAAGACGCGAACAGGUACAACCGUGAAUGAUGUUCUUUCCACCUGUUUAGCGGGUUCGUUGCGUCGAUAUCUGAGUUCCGAGGGAAUGGAAAAUCCCGCUGACAUCCAGAUCGCUGUAAGUAUAAACACGCGUUCUCCCAAAGUUCUGUCACGUGACAACAUACCCCUGGAGAAUCACUCCGCUGGCUUGCUUUACAACCUGCCUGUCAGCAUGGCCGAUCCACUCAAGCGUUUGCUGGAAACCAAGCGGAGAAUGGAUAAGUUGAAGUCUUCAACAGACUGGCGAAUCUUUGGGUUCAUCUACGACCAUAUUGUUGGCAGGUUACCUGAUUUCAUCGGCCGGUUUUCUUCGUUCUCUCUCAACCGACAUGCUUCCCUGAUACUAAGCAAUGUGCCAGGUCCUCUGACGCCGUUUGAAAUUGGCGGAAAGGAAGUGGUGAUCGCGAUACCUUGGCCCCCAUUGGUCAGCGAUACGGGCAUGUCGAUUACGGUGUUCAGCUAUGCGGGUACACUGCGCAUGAGUGUUCUGUCCGACAAAGCUGUGCUUGCCAAUCCCGGUAAACUAACAGAAAUGUUCAUAGAAGAGUUCGAAGAGAUGUACGAGUGCAUGAAAAACGCUCCUGCGUUAAUAACGGAGGACAUGGCUAAGUGUAAGAAGUAUUAUUAGCCAGUCAAGGACGAUGGGUGGGUCGUGAGAUAAUGUGUUGAUGUUGUUAUUGUUUCUUUGACUUUUGUUCUCCGUGUUUUCAUCUUAACCUUUAGACGCAGUUGCCGUGAUAUGUACGAGUAAAGUUAAUGUUGUGGACCUUCCUUCCACUGAAUUUCAACUGUCAGUGGUGGAGGAGCAAAGUCCUUUAUUUUUUGAUUGAUUUUCAUCUAGAAGAAAAAGAAAAAAAAGAUUUAAAAAUGAAUUGAUUUAUAGAAAACCAUUAAUAAUAUAUUUGACGAUGACUGACACAUGUUAGAAAUACUUUAGGAGUUCACGGACGUUUUAACAUUUAGACGUGUGCUUUGGAUUUAUUGCAGAAUUUGUCGGAAUCUCCAUCCUCUGCAUUAUGUAGUUAGGAGUUCAACGAAUUGGAAAGGCAUUUCAAGCAUUCAUUUCGCGGUGAUUGAAUUUUUAACAUGAUUCGAAACCUUUUAUUGAAUUGUCAUAAAUAAAUCGGAGAUGCCACAAAAAUGAAAAUUGUCAACGAGCUUUGAACAGUUAAAAAAAAUGCGAUAUUGCUAAUUUUUAUUUCUUAUUUAUAAUCAAACCGAUCAAUUCAAUCAGCAGCACUUAAAAUAUUUCUUAUUAAUAUAUUUGCAGUCGAUAAGUUGAUUAAAUUUAUAGAAUUGCCAGAUUCAAUUUUAGUAUAUGCAGGAUGUGUCAUCAUUAUGGUAUAGAUGAGGGAUCACGGAUUUGACAAACGACGUCUCGUACAUACUAUGGACAUUGCAAUUUCCCCUGCCGAUCUUAGCUUUGGGCCUAAGUAGACUUUGAAAGAACGCCCAGGCCAUUGGAGAGAUGAAGAGAUAAGGCUUGAUUUGACAAACUGUUGUGCUUAGGCAGGCUUCAAAGCACGUUGUUUUCGUCAGCUUGGAGUGCGUCUGAGUUCUUCAAGUAAUCGUUUUCGGGUCAGGGUGGUUGAAACAAAACUAUUUGGAAAGAACUUUACAGUUUCGCAGUGAAAGUAAAGACAAAGUUUAGAUAGGUAUGGCCAAACGAACGGCUGAAUUUUGAAAUUUAGAAUGUAUUUAUAAGGCCUGGUUUUCACUAUGACAUAAACACAAGCACAGGCAUCAGCAUAAUGACUGUGAGGACACUAACAACACAAGCAUUUAAGCACAAGCACGCGAUAGUGAGAUCGCGCAAAACACAAGCAUAAGCACAGGGACAAGCAGAACAAAGAAUUUUGUUCGUCUAGCGAUUGUGCUUAUGUUUAUGUUAAAACAUCGUCCUUUGUUUUACUGCAUCGAGGAGGUGCGGAACCCAUUCUCGUCCCCAGAGGCCGCGCUCCUUUUGGUCAACACAAAGAAUCGCGACCUCUUGGAAGGUCCAAUUUUCUGAGCAUGCGCAGAGUAAUCGUUUCGUAUUCCCAGCCAAUCAGAUUUGUUAGACUUGACUGAGCAUGCACAGAGUGACGGGAAUCACGGACUUCCGGUGUUGGACGAGGCCAAAGGUCGCGAUUCUUGGUUCUGACCAAAAGGAGCGCGGCCUCUGGGAACGAGAAUGGUACGGAACCGAAAAUAGGCCAAUUAUACAUUCUGCGCAUGCUUGCGUUGUACAUCCUCGCUACCGUUAUGCUUAUAUAUGCUUGUGCUUAUGUCGUAGUGACAAGCGGGCUUAAGGGUAUGCUAACAAAAAAAAAACUUACAGCGAUUGGACGCUGGCGCCCAUGUGACAAAAAGCUUAACCUAUAUAUUGGUAUCAGUUUUGAAAUGUUACGUCAGUUGAAUAGAAAGAGCUGUUUCAUUUUGACGGCAAGAGCGAGGAUGGUAUAAAGAAAAGUAAAGUGUGCAUAUUCGUUUAUUUGUAUUGUGUCAGUGGUACCUCAGCUAUUAGAAGUCCUUUACGUUGUAAUCGAUAACAAAAAAAAAAAAAGAAAAAAAAAGAGGAGAAAUAACUCUGGACAAAGUGGUGUGAAAACUGGACAGUGAUGUCCCGUCUUCUCACGCUCCCGAACCAAGGUUAACACUAGAUUUUUCUUGACUGAAGUUCGAAUACCCGUAAGAUUUUGAACUUCUGUUGGUUGACAAAAAAUUCCGGGAACAUCUGAUAAGCUGGAUAUCGCUAACACAGAUACCUGAUACUUGAAGAGUUACAGUCAGUUAGCUUUUCGCUGUUUGUUUCAUCCUACGGAAUUCAUUAACAUCAUGGCCAGUGCACUACAGCUGUUCAGAGCAGGCCUGCUAGAUUUAAGGUGGCGGUUGUUUUCCAGGGAGGUUUAUCCUUAAGCGUUUUGCUCCAACGUUUCCCAAAUAUCUGAGGCUGGUUCUUAUGUAUUUGUAGAAUCUUUGAGUGAUCAGUGAUCACUUUAGGUAACUCCCUGGCAAGAAUGACUCGCUACUUUUGCUAACAAAGCCUUGUAAAACCUCUUGGUAAUUUACCAAACUACUUCUUGUGCUAUGUUGAUCGCACCUCAAGAAGUUGGUAGUACAGCUACAUCAGAACGGUAAAAGAGGGUUUCUAAAUAAUGUGUAAUUCAAUGUAACUGGUUAAUUUGCUUUCGCUUUUGUGCAGUUCUAUUGUUUAAUGUGUGAAAGUGAUCUCCAUGAUUGAAUAAAGAUACUUUACUUUAUUUGA